AGAGCCUGUGGUUUUCGAGGUCUCAUUAAAUGGCUAAGCAUCCUUGUCGGCAGAUAUGCUGCGAAUCAGUCAACUACAGUACAUCUGGAUGCCGGAAGCGUCCACGCCCAUACGGAGCAGACAUAUCUUCGACGCAACCGAUAUCUGUGUGGUCUUCCGCUUUCGGUCCUUACAAAGAGCUCUUUUGAUGCGGUUGAGACAAAGGCUCGGGAUAGAUAUAAUUGCCAUGAUUUACCACCGAGUAUGCUUGCUAUAGCAUCGGCCGUGAACAGUGAAAUCUGGAAUUCCUCUAUAAGGAUAAUCAACAUGAGCGAAGACAUAUCAAGCGAUGCCCCUAUAGUUUCAAAAGGGCCGCUCGAGCAGAAGCUAAACCGAACAAUCGACGACUUCAAUUGGGAUCAAUCAAAACAGAAGGUUGGGCUGGAUAUGUCCGACUUCUUUGAGCCGCCUUACAUUAAUGGACAUCCCGCCCGAUUGUUCUACGCGUCCCAGCGAGUUAUGACGAUACUCUGGCAGAUCAAUAACAGUCCUGAAUGGAAGAGAUUCCGAGGCCAGCUCCAAUAUGCCGUAGACACAAUGGAUGGGAUUAAUACUAUGAUCUGCCUGGGCCUUGACCAAUUCUCCGGGGGACUCGGCGAUGCUGGUACAUCUACCAACGCCUGGGUUACACAGUACGCCGUCUUUGUGUAUAUAUGGAAGGCUAUUGACGAUAAGUGGAGAAUUGAGUGCACACGGGCGGGACGUGAACAUACUCCUGUGAAAAGAAUUUUUCAGGAUCCUGCAUUCGAUACUCGAACAAAGUAUCUACUCCAGAAGAUACCACGCGAUACCGAUACUGGAACAAAUACCGUGGUGGAUCAUCCGGAAGUCCAGGAGAUGCUCAAGAAAGACAAGAAGGCCUUUGUGUACGCGCCCCACCUACCAAGUAGACUGAACCCGCAGAUCUUAUCUCUUCGUCCAGACUACUUCAUGGGCAAUAGUUCGAAGGGAAGUGGUGGCUGGGAUGCUGCCAUGAUGGAGACAUACAUAGAAGAAUCCUUAGUCAACCACGACACGAACAUUGGGCCAGAAGUCAACGAAAUCGGGUCCAAGAUCAGGUUAGCCGGAUGGGCUUACCAAGAGACGAUGUUGGACACCACGGAGCUCAGCUAUCCACAACAUCUCGCAAGCAUGUCCAUUUUCCGCCGGACAGGGUGAUAGUUCCACAUCCCGAGGACGCGGCGAUAGGUGGUUCAUCGCACUGGAAACUGGAAAUAGGUACCCUUCGGAACAUGGAGAUGGCGGGAUAGAUUGAGAAGGUCGAUGUCAUCUGAGAGCCGUCUGCGGAUGUUCAGUAUCGUUUCAUGUCGUUACAACCAGAUAUGUAGCAGGUCAUGUCGUCUGUCUAGAGACAAGAGCGGUCUCAUACUGCUGCAGGUUGAUUGCGCCUGCAGACCAGAUGAUGACGGCUUGGACUUGGAUACGGUUCG